AUGCAUCUUGCAGAGUAUCUGUUCCGUCGGAUCCACCAGCUCAACAUAAGGGCUAUAUUCGGUGUACCGGGUGACUUCAACCUUACUGCACUUGAUUAUGUUGAGCCAUGUGGCCUGGAUUGGAUUGGCAAUGUCAAUGAAUUAAAUGCUGGAUAUGCCGCCGAUGGAUAUGCACGCAUCAAAGGAAUAUCAGCCAUCGUCACUACCUUUGGAGUUGGCGAGCUCUCUGCUCUGAAUGCUAUUGCGGGUGCCUGUGCUGAGCUCGUUCCUGUUAUCCACAUUGUGGGAUUCCCGUCAUCCGCUGUUCAAGAAAAGAAGCUGCCUAUCCACCAUACGCUUGCCGAUGGUGACUAUGAAUUGUUCAUGAAGAUGAGCGCACGGAUUUCAAGCGCUGCUAUUCUCUUGAAAGACCCAGUAGAAGCGACCAAGAUGAUUGACGAAACAAUUGUUGAGUGCAACCGCUCUAGCAAACCUGUGUUUAUUGGAUUUCCAAUGGAUCUGGUGAAGGCAGAAAUCGAUCCGUCUCCGCUGGAAAUACCUUUGUCGCUGCGUCACUUGCCAUCUACCCCAACGCCCUUGGAAGAGACUGCAGUAACAUGUAUUCGUGAGCGGUUGAUCAAUGCUGAGAAUCCAGUCAUAAUUGUGGACAGUCUUGCUGGCAGAUAUGAGGGUCUACAUGCUACCAGGAAUUUUGUCGAAAAGUCUAAUAUACCGUGUUUUGCCUUCCCAAUGGCAAAAGGCAUAAUCAACGAAAGUCUAUCCAACUUCCGUGGAAUCUACGCCGGCAGUGUCUCCAAUCCCGGUGUACAAGAGCAAGUCCAAUCCAGUGACUUGAUUCUUCUCAUUGGACCUCGGCCUACAGACUUGAACACAGGCGCUUUCAAGAGUGACGUACCCGAUGUAGAGACAAUUAUCUUUCAUCGGGAUAUCGUGAAAGUGAAAGAAGAGACCUACCCCAUAAGCUCAAUGGAAAACGUUCUUAGGAAACUCUCGGAGGAAACUUCCGUCUCCGUGUCAAAAACCCCGUCAAACUCAUCGGAUGGCAGCCCAUUGUCAUGUCCAGCGAGCUCCGUCGGCGGCGCAAAUCCUCCCAGUCUAUCGAUGGAAGAGUCAAUUCAAGUAUUCCAAGGUCAAAAAAUAGACACGAACGCACCAGUGACCCAGGAAUGGAUGUGGGAGCGCAUGAGUUCAUGGCUCGAAGAAGACGACAUCAUCACAAUGGACGUUGGUACAUCAGCCUUUGGUGGACUAUGGUGCCGACACCCACGAAGAGCCCAAUCGCUCUUCCAGCUUCUCUGGUGCUCAAUCGGAUUUGCAGUUGGAGCGACAGUCGGAGCGGCAAUCGCAGCGCGCGAACAGCUCAAGGCGUCCGAGACGAAAAUGCGACGCACCAUCUUGUUUACAGGAGAUGGGAGCCUCCAAAUGACAGCACAGGAGAUCAGCACUCUAGUUCGACAAGAGCUCGGUGUGAUUAUCUUCGUCAUUUGCAACGACGGGUAUACUAUUGAGCGUUUUAUCAAUGGUUGGAAUAAGAGCUACAAUGAUGUCCAGCCUUGGGACUACGAACUCCUUCCUCAGGUGUUUAAUCCCAAGCCUGAUUUGUUGAAGACUUAUAGCGUUCGCACGAGAGGCGAGUUGGAGACGCUUCUUAAGGAUGAUCUGUUUGGACCAGCUGAGAGCUUUGAUGGGAAGUCUGAGCCUUUGCGACUUGUGGAAAUUCAUAUGGAUAAACAUGAUGCCCCCCGAGCAAUCCCCGAGAUGAUUUCUGAACUUCACGGAAAAGUCGCUCACGAGAAGUGA